UAGCAUAUCGGGUGAUUGCGUUAAAUUGAAGACAAUCAUGGACUCGUAUGCCAUACUCCUGCCAGAGCUCAGAUAGGACCCAAAAUGGAGAACGCCAGGGAAUCUCUUCAGCUAGCCAAGGAAGAGUCCGACCGCGUAUCCCAACUCACCUUCCCUCCUCACCGACCCCAUCUCGAUUCUAGCUUCUACGAGUAUUACGCCCUUCGCGGUAUCCGAGUCGACCGAGUCGAACCUGGCUACGUUUCUUGCACUUUCAAAGUCCCUUCUCGCCUCAUCGAUAGGAAUGGAAAUUUGGCAUCAGGGGCUGUGGCCAACCUAGUGGAUGAAAUGGGUGGUGCUUUGGUCCACGUGGAAGGACUCCCCAUGAAUGUUUCAGUGGAUAUGUCCAUUUCUUACCUCUCAACUGCCAAACUUGAUGAUGAAUUGGAGAUUGUCUCGACACUUUUAGGUCGAAAAGGUGGUUAUUCUGGAACACUUGUGAUCGUGAGGAACAAAUUAACAGGAGAGCUUAUUGCCGAAGGCCGACAUUCACUGUUUGGUAAACAUGCAAGCAAAAUGUGAUGUUAUGAUCACUGGAUGUAUGUAAUACAUGCAGAAACUUUUAUUUUGACAUCAGGGACAUGUUUCUACUUAGAUAAUGAAAUUUAUAAUUGCAUGUUAGCAAUAAGCGUUCAUUUUGAAAUUUGAAAGAAACUGGUGGAGAUUUAAAUCUUUUAAGUUUUAGUUGCCUUUUGUGCUUAUGUACAGAUCUUCCUACAAGUUUGCAUCUAGUUGUUAAAUAUACUUGAAUUUUGAAUCUGCUGUAUGUGUUAUUGUGUUUGAUGCAUGGUCAAACUUCAGAGCAGAAGAAACAAUGCCAAAUUCAUCUAUUGUUAUUAACUCUGUUUAA